AUGGCUAACUGUAUGGUUUUUCACACUCAAAUAGCCUCCAUUAUGGAGGUGCUAGCGAAUGCCGCCGUGGCAGAGAUCUGUAAACUCGUAGACGACGACUAUGCAGUGUUUCGUUUGGAAAUUUCUCAAGGCCAGAAAGAAAACAGGGGAUUGCGGAGGAAACUGCAGCUACUGGAACUGAAAGGGGCACGAGAGCGCGUUUUCGCCAGUCGUCCCAGUAGUGUCAAGAUCCUCGACCGGUACAGAGGAUUGGCAAGAGGUGAAGGACAUCUCACUCGAGGCCACAAGAGCUUUGUGAAGCCAGCGGGACACAAUACAUGGAGUGAUGACCAACCAAUCACUGUUGAUGAGGGGAGUGGAACCUCAAACCAGCACGUUAUCGUGAUAGAGUCUGCAGAUGCAGAGUCUGCAGGUCCUGGGGUUAAGCAGGAGAGGUCUGAAGGGGAGGAUGACCUACGGCACAGCAGAGAUCCUGUAGUCACGGAGGACCCCACCACUGCCCCAGCGCAGCCUCGUACCCGGCGCAGUAUCACGGAGGAGGAGGAGGGUCCAGAGGUGCUGCUGGGGAACCCUGAGGGGUCCAUGGUCAUGGAGGACAGCCAGACUACACCUCCUCCACAACCCACAGAGGAACCAGCUGAGCAGCACAAGACCACACACAGUCUCACUGAGUCAGCAGACAUGGAGGAUGGGAAGCCUGAUCUGCUGCUGGUCAAAGAGGAGACAAUAGAAGAUGGACCAGAGAGCAUUGAUCUGCUGAGUGGACUAAAGAUGGGAGAGCAAGGUGGUUGGCUGGAGACUAACAGAGCAGACUGGGUGGCCAUCUUGGAUUCCCAGACCGGUGCAGCCAAGGGCCCAGCGAACAACAUCACCGAGCAGGUCUGGACCAGAGGUGACAUAGUGGAGGUCAGGGGAUGGGACAGCGUCCUCAACUCUGGGCUGGGGAACAACACUGUUAACCACAACCAGAAACAGAUAGUCGAACACACAACGACAUCCGAACUUAGUCUCCAUGACAACAGACUGGCGGAAACCAGGGCGAGGCAUAGAUUUGGUCUGCGGGGACAGGAAAGUGAACGUAUGCGGCGGGAGAGUACAGACUUCGCUUACGAUGCUCCGUCCUGCUCCUAUAAUUGUGAUUCAGAGAGACUGAUGGUGCCUCAGGUUAACCCUCUAACAGGUGCUGCCUUCAGCCUGUCUUCUAUAGAAUCUGUCAACUGUAACAUGGACCCUGCGACAACACAGACACUCCCUGGCCUUCAUCCUCCUCACACUCUCCUAAUGUUAAACCAGACCUCAGACAAUGCCAGUGCCUCAACACUAAAUGGCUACACAAGCCCAUUGACAAAUGACAGUAGUGAAGACGGAAUCAGUAAAGGUGGCAGCACCAAAGAGAAGCGCUUCCCGUGUUCAUUCUGUGGGAAAGCCUUCAGUUUUCCCCAACAGGUGGAGAUCCACCAGAGGGUACACACGGGGGAGAAACAAUUUGGCUGCCACCUGUGCCGGGCCAGUUUCUCUCACUCCUUCAGCCUGAAGAGGCACCUGAGAGUCCACACAGGGGUGAAACCCUUCAGCUGUACCCAGUGUCACAUGCGCUUUGCCCAGGCUGGUCACCUGAAGAGGCACCAGAGGGUCCACACAGGGGAGAAACCCUACAGCUGUACGCAGUGUGAGAAGAGGUUCUCCCGCCAGGACCAGCUGAAGAUGCACCUGAAGGUCCACACGGGAGAGAGGCCAUUCGCCAGUACGCACUGCGGGAAGAGGUUAUCAGAGAGGAGCUACCUCAGGAUGCACCAGCAGAAAAAACAUUCCACUCUUUAACAUAAAAAGUAACCAUUCCCCUGGGUAGCUUCUGACAUUUAGAUCAAACCCGGCAUUAAAGACAAAUAUACAUUUUCAUUGUUGUCAGCAGAAAAGACCCACAGAUAACCCAUAGAUUUCAGUGUUGAAUAUUCCUGGGUAGAAUAUUUCAUCCAGACAUAUAAGGCAUAUCUACACUAACUUUCAAAAGUUUGGGGUCACUUAGAAAUGUCCUUGUUUUUGAUAGAAAAGCAAAAAGAAUUGUCCAUUAAAAUAACAUCAUGUUGGUCAGAAAUACAGUGUAGACAUUGUUAAUGUUGUAAAUGACUAUUGUAGCUAGAAACGGCAGAUUUCCUUUUAAUGGAAUAUCUACAUAGGCGUACAGAGGCCCAUUAUCAGAAACCAUCGCUCAGCAGUCUCAACGUCAACAGUGAAGAGGCGACUACGUGAUGCUGGCCAUCUAGGCAGAGUUGCAAAGAAAAAGACAGUAAGAAGGGCAAAAGAACACAGACCUUGGACAGAGGAACUUUGCCUAGAAGGCCAGCAUCCCGGAGUCGCCUCUUCACUGUUGACGCUGAGACUGGUGUUUUGCGGGUACUAUUUAAUGAAGCUGCCAGUUGAGGAAUUGUGAGGCUUCUGUUUCUCAAACUAGACAUUAAUGUACAUGUCCUCUUGCUCAGUUGUGGACCGGGGCCUCCACUACUCUUUCUAUUCUGGUUAGAGCCAGUUUGCGCUGUUCUGUGAAGGGAGUAGUACACAGCUUUUGGCAAUUUCUCGCAUUUCUCAGAACAAGAAUAGACUGACGAGUUUCAGAAGAAAGUUAUUUGUUUCUGGACGUUUUGAGCCUGUAAUCGAACCCACAAAUGCUGAUGCUCCAGAUACUCAACUAGUCUAAAGAAGGCCAGUUUUAUUGCUUCUUUAAUCAGAAUAACAGUUUUCAGCUGUGCUAACAUAAUUGCAAAAGGGUUUUCUAAUGAUCAAUUAGCCUUUUAAAAGGAUCAACUUGGAUUGCUAACAUAACGUGCCAUUGGGACACAGGAGUGAUGGUUGCUAAUAAUGGGCCUCUGUAUGCCUAUGUAGAUAUUCCAUUAAAAAGAAAUCUGCCGUUUCCUGCUACAAUAGUCAUUUACAACAUUAACAAUAUCUACACUGUAUUUCUGAUCAAUUUGAUGUUAUUUUAAUGGACAAAAAAAUGUGCUUUUCUUUCAAAAACAAGGACAUUUCUAAGUGACCCCAAACUUUUGAACAGUAGUAUAAGUCUAAAAAGUAUGUUACAUAUCGAGAUUUUAGGACUAUAAGGUUCUAUCUUCAAGAAGAUGAUUCUGAGAUAAUUGGCUUUACAUUUCUGAACCCUCAUUGGUUUGAAUGGUGUCAGCCAUUUUAUCUUGUAUUCUUUUUAACUAAACAACAUGAAUUGGGUUAUUUAGAGUACUAUAUAUGAACAGAACAAGGCUAUAUCAAUAACACAAUGUUUUUUUAAAAAUCGGAUAGAACCUUAUAGUCCCAAGCUCGCGAUUUUGUGUUUGUACCGGGGCAAAUCUGGUGUUUUUAGAUAGAAUGCAAGCUAUAUUAGAUCAAAUCCAGACAUUAACUUUUAUUCAGGGCAGGUGACCCAAAUUACACGUUCGAUAACAUUGACAGACGUAGUAAUAAAAAAGGCAAAUUUAGGGAGCCUUCAAAGAGCCUGAAAUAUGUAAUCGCUACAAAUAAUUUACAGGACACCAAGAGACUACUAUUCCCAAUUACCAAAGAUAAUUACUUUUUUUCUCAAAGUAAGAAAAAAAUGUAUUCCCAAAAAUGCACUAAACAAUUUAUUUGAUAAAAAAAUGUAUGAUAUAGUAAUAUCGGGUCAUUGUCUGGUAUCAUGCUUAAUUACACAAACAGAAAAUACACUUAGCGACAGAAUCUGUAGAAUGAACAGAGCGCAUCUUCUGGACCCGAAAUGUAUUAAAUAUGUAAACAAAAGAAUAAAAACCAUUACAAAUGUAGAAAUAGAGGACAAAGAAAAGCCGACCCCCAAUAUAAUUUGGGAAGCCUUUAAAGUGGAUAUUAGGGGACUGAUAAUCUCAUACUCGGCAAAAGUUAAAUCUGAUUUAGUGAUUUAUUUUUCUUAAAAUUGUAAUUUCUAUCUUAGAAAAAGCAGAUAAAAGUCUUUACAAGGUAAACAAGAAAAUGUAUCAUCUGAACUUGAGCAGGAAUACGAUCUUUUACUUUUGAAGAGAGCCUACAACUACAGGUUAAACUCAAAUAAAGUAUACUACUUAAUGGCAAAAAAAUCUGGUAACUAUCUCGCAGCUCUAACAAAACGCUACAUUUAUAUUUUAAAAGAUACAAAUGUGGUAAUUAGAAACGAUGCGAUUAAUGACCAUUUUAAAAGCUUAUAUGAAAAUUAUAUAAAUCAGAAUUAAACAACAAUUGGAUGGAUCCUAUAGCCUUAGACUCAAGAACCCUGAAGCAAUUAUCAGCAGAAGAAAAAAAGAAUCACUAAAAACAGAUCACUCAAAGAUAAAUAUUGGAUACUGUUAAAACAUGACUUUCCUAUUACAAUUCUAUUGAACAUUUUGGGGCAAAGUAGUGCACCUCUUUACACAAAUGACAACACUCGUCACUCAAUUCAGUACGACCUAGUUCCAUGUAUCAAACUGUUAUUUCAGUUAUAUUAAAAUCUGGAGAGUCCCAUGCUGAUUAUAGACCCAUAAGUUUAAUAAAUUGUGACAAAAUAAUAAUACUAAAGCUUAUAAGCAUUAGCAUGGCAAAAGUCUUACCAGACUUGAUACAUAUCAAUAAACAGGGUUUAUAAAAAUAGACACAAACAAAUACAACACGCAAAAAAACGAGAAAGAUUUAUCAAUAAUGGCUGUUGAUGCCGAAAAGGCUUUUGACCGUCUUAGAUGGUAUUUUCUAUUUAGAAGCUUUCAACUUUCCAGGUAAAAUAAUAUAUUUAAAUAAAUUAUAUCAAUAUCAUAAAUCAAAUAAAACAUUACCUGAUGAGAUUGCUUUAGAAAGGGGCACAAGAUAGGGAUGUCCUCUCUCACCCCCCUCCUGUUGACAGAAUUAAAAAGCAAUUUUGGACUGACCAAUGAGGAUAGAUUCAAAUACUGUACAUGCAACUAAAGUUACAUAUCACAAAAUGUUGAUUUGAAAUCUUUUGAACAUUGAGGGAAUCUUAUUUAAGUCAGAAAAGGAUGUUCAUAUGAUAGAUAAGAUAUACAAAACCUUACAGAGAGCAUAUCCACCUGACAAUCUCUUACUAUUGGAACCAAGACUUAAAAAGAACUGAUGUUGGCACAAGAUGGAGGGAAUGUUGGCGCAUAAAUGAUAUUACAGUUAAUUAACAAAUGUACGCUUAAUCCAGUAUAAACCAAUGGAUAUAAUUCAUUAUACAAGACACAAAAUUUACAAAUAACUCAAUAAUCCAUGCAUUCUGGGAAAGCUAUGAAGUCCAAAAGUUAUGGGCUGAGUUAGAAAAUUGGCUGUUAGAAGUAUUACAAUGUUAGUUUAAUUUUAAUCUGUCUGUCUGCAAAUGUCAAGACAACGGAUAUGGGGGUUUAGUGAGAUACCCAAUGGGCUGGACGAUUCUCUUCUCAUCUUGAAAAAAUAUAUACUAACAUCCUGGAAAUCAAUCAAUCCACCAUAAUUACACAAUCAAAUGAUUUAUUAUUGAAAUAGCAUGGGUGACCUAGAAAAACAAAUUGGUACAAUUUAAGGCCAAAGUAGCAAACAAUAAUGCAGGCAUUAGGGAUGGGGGUGUGCGCAUGUGGGUCUGGGCAGAUGAGCUGUAGUUGUUUUUUCUGUGCGUCUGUAAAUAUUUGUUCAUAUGUGUAUGUUUGUAUUUGGUGUGAGGGAAAAACACAAAAUGCACAGUGUCCUCACAGUAUUCACACCCCUUGACUUUAUCCACAUUUUGUGGAAGCAUGAAUUUAAAAUGGAUUACAUUGAGAUGUUUUGUCACUGGCCUAGACAAUAAUACCCCAUAAUGUUUUUUUUUUUUUAAAUGUUACAAAUUAAUAAAAAAUGAAAAGCUAAAA